CCGGAAAUGACGCGCUCUGUUUCCUCAUUUGGUAACAUGAUCCGGUGUGAUGGCGGGAACGGACACACCUUCGGCAGGUAAGUGAAGGGACGAAUAUCUGUGUGAGUGAAUGUUUGAAUUCACUGAUAGAGGUCCGAGUGUGAAACCUGAGUUACUCAAUGAUCCAACAGAGAAGUGAAAGUGGAGCUGUUUAGAGGGUAAUUAGAGACACUGGAGGGAGGGAAGAGUGUGUGUGUGUGUGUGUGCGCGUGCGUGUGUGCGUGUGUGAGGACGCCGCUCCUUCACACCCGCUAAACGUUAAAACUGCGGUAAUAUUUCUAAAGUUAAAAUAAUAUUUUCACAUUUAUUGACAAAAUGGCUGAAGGGAAGUUAGGAUGACCGUUUAAAAAGGCGGGAAAAACCCUGAAUAAACUUUAAUGUAUAAUCAGACAAACCGGAAGUGGGGUCCACACUCUCAGAUUUAACCCUUAAAAAUAAAAGUUCAAACAGAGGGUUAUCUUUAAUUACCAGAAAACACAGAAAUGAGGAUUUACAGACAUAAACAAACACAUCAAUACUCUAUCCACAGCGAUCCUCAAGGAGGCUUUUAAUUUGAAAGGUACAGCCGGAAGUUGUAUCAGUGGUUUUCUUCUAGCUUGACCACAGGUCCGAGUUUCUCCUCCCAGAACUCCCAGUGACUGCAGCUGUGAGCGGCUCCGGACUCAGACUGGAUUUACCGGGACCGAACCUGCAGAGUCCAGAGACCAGAGCGGGUACCGAACUUUAUCAGACCAGGAACCAGAGCGGAUCAGACCAGGAACCAGACCGGGAUCAGAGGUGAGACUCUGCUGGUUUAGUGUUGGAGGGCGUCUGGUCUAGAGUCUGUCAGAGAGACCAGCAGGAAGCAGAUCAUCCUGCAGGGUCCUCAGGGUCCUGACUGUGGGGGUCCGGGUGUUCGGGUUCUGGUCGGGUCUCUGAGCGGGUCUCUGAGCGGUAUCAGGGUCCGACUAAGUGACGCAAUGGAGAGGUUUUGGCGCAAACUGGACCGGACUGUGUGUGUGUGUGUUUGAGUUCGUGUGUGUGUGUGUGUGUGUGUGUCUGUGUGUGUGUGUGUGUGUGUGUGUGUGUGUGAACAGGUUGUUGGUUCUGAUCCUGGGAUUAGAUGAUCCGGAUUUCAGGUCUGGGAUUGAAACUCUGAUUCAGGAUUUGUAAUCUGGGUUCUGGAUCUGUUUCUGGGUCUUUUUAGAACCGUUUCAGACCUGGUGUGAUAGUUUGGAUCAGGUCUGUCUUAAACCGGAUCAUCAUGUGGUUUAGACCUGGUUUAGACCUAAGGAGGACCUGGUUUACACGUGGUCUAGAUAAGUAGAACCCUGAGAUCCAGUCUGGUUCCAGUUGGGUCUGGUUUUAACUUAUCUACGUCUGAUUUGGACCCGGUUCAAUAUGGUUAAGAACUGGUUUACAAGUAGUCAAGACCAGAUGUGGAUCUGGACCAAACCUGGUUCUGAAUUAUAUUCGUCUUUUUUUCUCAGGUGAGGUUCUGGAUUAGUGCCAGUCUAGAUCUGGUCUUCUCUGGUUCUGGUCCUGGUUUGAAUCAUUUGAAACUGGUGUAAACGGGUCAGAUCCAGCUGUGACAGAGCGCUGAGGGCUGACCAUGAUGAAGAUGAUGAAGAUGAUGAUGAUGAUGGCGGUGAUGAAGAGUCCCGGCGCUUCACCUCAGAGCUGUGGGAGCAGCAGGCGUGGCGUUCACAGGCAACACAAACAUCCUGUGGAGAGGAAACUCCACUUCCUGUUAGAAACUUCACAAUAAAUCCCAUUAACCCUGAAGAGGAGGAGGAGAGGAGGAGGAAAUCUGCUCCUUAUUUUAUCCUCCUCCUCCUCUUCUCCUCCUCCUCCUCGUCCUCCUCUGUUUUUAUCUCCAUGUGCUGAUGUUCUGUGCUGUAGGACUGUUUGUCAAAGAACUUUGUAAACACCAGAUUUUAAAAGUGCAAAAAAAAAAGUUAUUAAUAAUAAUGAUAAUAAUAAUAAUAAAUGAUAAUAAUAAUAAUAAUAAAUAAUAAUAAUAAUAAUAAUAAUAAUAAUAAUAAUAAUAAUAAUAAAUGAUAAUAAUAAUAAUAAUAAAUGAUAAUAAUAAUAAUAAAUGAUAAUAAUAAUAAUAAUAAUAAAUGAUAAUAAUAAUAAUAAUAAUAAUAAUAAUAAUAAUAAUAAAUGAUAAUAAUAAUAAUAAUAAAUGAUAAUAAUAAUAAUAAUAAUAAUAAUAAUAAUAAUAAUAAAUGAUAAUAAUAAUAAUAAUAAUAAUAAAUGAUAAUAAUAAUAAUAAUAAUAAAUGAUAAUAAUAAUAAUAAUAAUAAUAAUAAUAAUAAUAAUAAAAAAAUAAAGAUGAAGAUGAUGAUGAUGAUGAUGAAGAUGUUCUGGUGCGUCUCUGGUUUCUGUCCUUGAUUGACCGUGAGUUGUGUUCAGUUUGUUUCUGGACCCACAGAGCCGAGUUAGGGACCCGUAGGUCUCAGUCUGAGACUGGUGGGGCUGAGACCUGGACUCAGACCUGGACUCAGACCAGGACUCAGACCAGGACUCAGACCUGGACUCAGACCGACUACGUUUAUUUUUAGAAAACAUGAUUGUGUGAUUAAAAAGUUGGUGUUUGAUAGUUUUCACCAUCAGGAGGUCUGAAGGUCUGAGUUUGAGCUCUGAUUGUUCUUCUCUAGUCCUCAUGGACGCUGAAUAAGUCUGGUCUUCAGGUGAACCUCAUUAUCAAUGACUCAGUGAAACGAUGAGACGCGGCGGUGGCGGCGGCAGGUUUAGACGGCGUUCAUUUGAGUCUGAUUGAGUCUGUCAGUCCAGAAAAAUCCGGAGCGUCGUCUCUCACUGAGCGGAGCUUCGACCUCCACAGACUGCUGUCAGAGUUUCGGACCUGCUGGUGCCGCUCGGCAGAGCUCCUCUGGUUCUGUCCGUCUUCCUGAAGCUGCUCAUGCGUCCGUGUGACUAACUGUACUUCCUCUUGGCCUGCGGUGACAUCACUGAUGACGUCACUGGCGUAAGGUCGGACGGUGUGAAAAAUCUCCGACUCGGAGCAGAAACAGUGUUUAUAUUGUUUUUCACAUCCAUUCAACAUCAGCUGAUUACAUCACACACACACACACACACACAGUCCAUCCUGUGUUUGUGUCUGUGUGUGUGUGAGUGUGUGUGAGUGUGUGUGUGUGUGUGUUUUUCCUGUACAGUAACAGGAAGUUGGACCCAAACGUCUUCCUCUUGAGAAACUUGGGUGUGAUGUAACCGCCUGUUUUUACGACUUCUUUUCGAUUUCGUAUUUUUAAGAUCAGCUGAGAAGGUCUCACACACACACACACACACGCACACACACACACACACACACUCUGAGACAGUCUGCGGGUUUUAAAGGAGCAGUCUGCAGACUUUUGUUCCUGAACGCAGCACAAAGACAUCAUGUUUUUAGACGUUAUGGCGCUUGAAUGCAGCACGCCGUCCGUGGACAUGUCUCCUCCUGAGGUUUUGGCGUCUCCUCACAUGCUGCAGCGGCGACUGUAACCUCCAGCGUUCCCAGUGUUCCCAGUGAGGCUCAGUGUGUGGUUCCAGUCACAGCUCUGAACAAUCAGGCCUCUGUUCAUCACAAUAGAGCCCCACUGUUAUUAUACUGCUCGAUCGCCCACCCCCUCUCUCUCUCUCUCUCUCCUCCCCCUCUUUUACUCUCGCUCCACUUUCUCUCUUUUCGUCACUUUUUUAAACUUUUACUUUCUCUCUUUUUUUUUUUUAUCUUUACAGAGUUUUUACCUCCUCUCUCCUCCUCCUCUCCUCCUUCCUCACCCAUCCUCCUCUCUCCUCCUCUCUCCUCCUCUCUCCUCCUCCUCUCCUCCUUCCUCACCUAUCCUCCUCCUCCUCUCUCUCCUCAGUGAAGGUCACCCCCCCCCCCCCAGGAGACUCUGCCGCUCACAGAGAGUUGUGUGUGUGUGUGUGUGUGUGUGUGUGUGCUGGCGUUUGUGUUUUUGAUUGACAGCUCUCUUAUCCAAUCAUCUCCCACCUUCCUAACUUCCUGUUGGAGGAGCUGAAGAUCAGCUGAUGAGUAGAUGUUGUGAACCUGCUGUCGUCCAUAUUUGAUGAUUAUUGAUCUGAUUAUUGGAGGGUUUGUCGACACAGAGAGGAGCCGAGUUCACUGAUCAAUAUUUACAAUAUUGAUUAAUGAGUUGAUAAAGGACUGUAUUGAUAACAGUAUUGGUCAAAUUUAAAGCUUAUAAAAAACGUAGAAGAAGAGGAGGAUGAAGAUGGAGCUGAGAGGGAGAGGCCUCCACAGGGAAGGGUGGAGGAGGAGAGGAAAGGGUGUGUUGGUGUUCAGGGAGAAGUGGGCGGGGCUUAGCUCUGGUCUUUGUUCCUGAACCUCAGCUGUGACCCUUCAGACCUCCGUGUUCCUGAGGACAUCCAAUCCUGACGUCACCAAGACCAGGAGGUCCAGGAACUCACAGACGCUGUUCCUGUCGUCUCAAACUUCUACACUCAUAGAUCUAUGUCCUUAAACCUCGUAAACAGGAAGCUGCGAAGACGCUGAAGCUGCUGCUGAGCGUCUGUCUCAGACCUGAAGACUCAUCUGCAGACAUCACAAAUCCACCAGGAUCACUGCUGUCCCUGGACUGGACCGGACUUUUCUGCCGCAGGUUCUGGUCUUAGAGAGCUGAUGAUCACCAGACUGAUGGUGUUGGACUUGGAGGAUGAAGAUCUUUGUCCUGUGAUCCAGGAGACGGUGACUUUAGACGUCUCUGCAGAAACCACCUGCAGCUGAUCUUUGUCUUCAUCGCAGAAACGUCUCAUUCAGAGUUUCCUAAUAACUAAUUUAACACCGGAAUAUCCCUUUAAAUCAAGUCUGAACCACAAACACACGCGCUGUCCUCACGUUUGGUUUACCAUCAUCCUCACAUGAUCUUCAGAGUGUGUCCAUCUGAAUGUCUGUCUCUGAAAAACUCUGAUCUUCUCUGAGGGACAGAAACACUCAGAGGUCUGAUCUGAGGAGUUUUUAUGAAUGGAUCCUGGUGAGGAGAGCGAGUGAACAGCUGAUUCUGGUCAGACAGAGUCGAUCAGACGAUGAUUUCAGAGAAGAUAGACGACUCUGAAGGUUCAUGUCAGUGAGAUCCUGAAGUUUGAAGGAGGAGAUCAUCAGGGAGAAAUACAGAGAAGUGAUCCAGGUAUUUUUGAACUUUAGCAGAGAGACAUCCCAAAGGAGAGUGUGUGUGUGUGUGUGUGUGUGUGUGUGUGUGUGUGUGUGUGUGUGUGUGUGUGUGUUUCCUCCACAGCAGUUUGAAGGACAGCUGUAUCCUGUGUUUUUGUUCUGCUGCAGAUCCACAGGGCUGAUUAUAACCACAAAACAGGGAGAAGUGUGUGUGUGUGUGUGUGUGUGUGUGUGUGUGUGUGUGUGUGUGUGUGUGUGUGUGUGUGUGUUAUUAUACAAGUCCUGACUGUAUUUGUUAAUACAGUGUCUGAAUAAAUGAUUGAAUUUCAGCUGUGGUGAAUUUAGUUUAAAAAAGUCGAUCCAGGUUCAUGGUCCUCAUCCUGAGUCCUCUGUAGACCGAAGUGAACCCAGCAGACCAGGUUCUGGAGCCUGACAGUCAGAUGUGGUCUCAGUCUGGCCUGAUAGAGGACUUCAGGUUCAGUUUCUGUGAAGUGACCCAUAGAGAAGGUGAAGUUCUGGAUGAGGUCUGGUCUCUGACUCAUGUUGGACGCUCUCUGACUGAUCACAGUGACUAACCUUCUGUUUUAAACACAGCUGACUUCCUCGUCUGCUGGUUCAUCUUCACUUCUGCUCUUUCACUUCAGCUCUGAGAACACGUCUGUGGGAAUCCCUGUGAUAAACAUGAAGCAGCAGAGCUCCACGCUCUCUGUCCUGUGGUUGUUCUGGGUGAAGUCUGCGCUCUGUGGGUGUGGGUGUCCCGUUAGUUCAGCGCCCUGUUCUGAUUGGUUCAGGUUUUAUCUGGACUCAGGGAGGAGGUCUGCAGACUCUCCAGGGUUCCUCUUCAGUGGUGGUCCAUAGUUCACAUCCUAAAGGAGAGAAGAUCAGCUCAGAGAGUCAGUCACAAAAAACAACAACAACGACAACAACAACGACAACAAUGAUACGGCCGUCAGCUGAUCUGCUCUGAAUAUAUCUGUGUUAGUAUCAACCUUUAAAACGCUAACAUCAGUCCACCGCCCUGUGUAAAUAAUCUGAUUAAUGAAUUAUAAUCCGAUUAUUAUAAUCUGAUUUAUGAAUUAUAAUCUGAUUAUUGUAAUCUGAUUAUUAUAAUCUGAUUAAUGAAUUAUAAUUUGAUUAUUAUAAUCCGAUUAUUAUAAUCUGAAUAAUGAAUUAUAAUUUGAUUAUUAUAAUCUGAUUAAUGGAUUAUAAUCCGAUUAUUAUAAUCUGAUUAAUGGAUUAUAAUCCGAUUAUUAUAAUCUGAUUAAUGAAUGAUAAUCUGAUUAUUAUAAUCUGAUUAAUGAAUUAUAAUUUGAUUAUUAUAAUCUGAUCAUUAUAAUCUGAUUACAAUAAUCUGAUUAAUGAAUUAUAAUUUGAUUAUUAUAAUCUGAUUUAUGAAUUAUAAUCCGAUUACAAUAAUCUGAUUAAUGAAUUAUAAUCUGGUUAUUAUAAUCUGAUUAAUAAGUUAUAAUCUAAUUAUUAUUAUCUAAUUAAUGAAUUAUAAUCUGAUUUUUAUAAUCUGAUGAAUGAAAUAUAACAUGAUUAAUAAAUUAUAAUCUGAAUGAUGAAUAAUCACCUGAUUAGUAAAUAAUUAUCUGAUAAGUGAAUUAUAAUCCAAUUAUUAUAAUCUGAUUAAUGAAUUAUAAUCUGAUUAUUAUAAUCUGAUCAAUGAAUCAAUGAAUCGUCAUAAUGAUUAGCGUUUAUGUUUACAGUCACAUGACACACUGGAACAGCCGUCAAGGUGAUGGUAGCUGUGUUUGCACACUGCGGUUUGUGGAAGUGUCCUUAGACGUGUCCUCUGAUGUGUCCUCAGAAGUGUCCUCUGCUGUGUCCUCAGAAGUGUCCUCUGCUGUGUGUCCUCCUAAACUGAUGGUCCUGACUUUACCGUGUCUCUCUGAGUCAUUUUUAAAGUGUAGCUCCCAGAUACUUCAUCUUUGGUUUAGAGACAUCUGUAGGUGUGAGGUCUGGAUUAAGGGUCUGGAUUAAGGGUUCAGGUGUGGACCUUCAUUAAUCCAGGUGAUCUGGUCUGAGAUCAGCAGCAGGUUUUCAUGUUUUCAGGUUUUGGAGCAGCUGGACUCUGGAGGAGGAAAAAGGUCGACGAGAGGAGGAAGCUGCUGUGACUCACGUCCUCCUCCUCCUUUGUCUUCACACUGGACACUGCUGACCUUUGUGUGUGUGUGUGUGUGUGUGUGUGUGUGUGUGUGUGUGUGUGUUUGUGUGUGUACAGCAGUUAUUUUUACUCUCUGGUUUAAUUCGGUGUCAGUUUGGUGUCUGCAGAGUUUAUUUUCUCUCUCUGAUUCAGAGCGUGAACGUCUGAUCGAAUGUGAUCAUUGACUCUUAAACAGAUCUGAAACAGUUCAUCAAUACAUCAAUAUCUGAUCAAUAACUGAUCAGUUUGAAUGAUUAUCAGACUAAGCCUGUCCCAAACCAACACAGAGAGUCCCAAAAACUGCAGUUCCUUUAGUGUCCUCUCGAGGCUGUGUCCUAAAACACACACACACACACACACACACACACACACACACACACACACACACACACACACACACACACACACACACACAGUUUUCCUCUUUGAAAGACCCCCACCCCUCAGCUCCAGGCUACACCCCUCGCCUCUGCUGCAGGCACUCCCUGUAUCCUGUGUGUGUGUGUGUGUGUGUGUGUGUGUGUGUGUGUGUGUGUGUGUGUGUGUGUGCAGUGGUCUUCUUUGUUCAGUGUGUGUCUGUUGUUAAAAAGGUGUAGCUGGUAUUUGAAGUAUGUUGGUGUGUUUCCUGUGAACAAGGACACACAGUGAGUUUCCUUAGUGGAGGUUUGUGUGUGUGUGUGUCAGUGUGUGUGUCAGUGUGUAGUUGUGUGUGUCAGUUUGCAGUUGUGUGUGGGUGGGGGCUUCCUCACAGCUCAGUAUCAGUGUGUGUGUCCUCACUGAAAUCUUUGUUAAACUCAAACCUGGAGGAGGGCUGUGAGAGUUUAACCCUGAGUUUUGCCUCUCAGGCAGCGUUUAACUCCUGCUGACCUGCUGCAGAGAGGAAACCUGCAGACAAAACUCAGGGUGUAACUCGUGACUUCAUGAACUUUGACUCUUUAUUUUAAAAUGAUGAUUAUUUUCUCCUUCAAACGAAGAUGACUCAGUGAACCCAACCAGGACCUCACAGACCCUCCUGUGAACUCAAACCAGGACGAUUUAGUCCUCCUCUGUCUCAAUGGGGCCCUUUAGCAAAAUGUGGUUUUGGGGCCCUCUAUUAUUGAUUGUUGAUCAUUCACACACCUUCACAAAUCUCUUUGAUUAACCUUCCCUGACACGCAAACAGACCUUUAUUUUGGCGUUUUUUCCUCCUCUUCCUCUUUCUUUUCUCGGCUCCUGAAGGAUAUCUCCUUUAUCGCGACAUUGUUACCUGCUCUUUAGAUGCUCAGUGACCAUUUCACAGCAGGAGGAACAUCAUGGUGGGCGGAGCUUUGACAUAUCAGCAGAAGAAUCAUAGACCUACAUCAGCAGCAGCACUAAAAUGUUUUUACGUUAUUUUUACAAUAAUCUAUAUUUGAUCAGACAGAAAGCAUCACUCAUACAUGAAAGAAAUCAAAAUAUAAUUUUUUUUUUUGAUUGCUCUUGGGGGCCCCCUACUGGCUGCAUAGCCCUGAGCAGGUACUUAGUUCACUUAUGCCUUGGGCCGGCUCUGACUCAUCUUAGUCUACGUUCAGACUGCAGGUUCUGAUGUUUUAACCAUCUGUGACUCAUAUCUGAUUUUGUCAUCUAAGUGUGAACAGGUCAGUUCUGAUUGGUUCUGAUCCGACCCUCUUCUGUAUGUGGAUAUAAAUCUGAUAUGUAUCUGAUGUGACUGCAGUGUGACGCUCAGGUCGAGUUCAUCCGACCUUUACGUCAUCAAUAUGAGACAAACGUCACCAUUGUUCAACAACACAAACAGACGCAGAGAGAAAUUUAGGCAGGUCACUUCACGGACACAUUCUGUUCACAUUAGAUGAUCGUCGUCGUCGUUGUAACGUGAACGACCGCACUAAAAGAUCGGAUUUAACAAAAAAUCUGAAUUGUGCAUCAGAACCUGCAGAGUGAACGUCGCCUUAUUUAUGAGUCUCGCAAUCUGAAAGUUAUCGACCAAUCAGGAGUCAGCAGGUUUUAGUGUCCGUAUGGAGAUUGCCCCCUAGUGUUGGGGAGGAGGACACGUUCACGUCAAUAAUUCAAUUUUCUCAGCUGCAUGUAAACGAGGACGAGGAGAGAAGAAUUAUGAGGUGAUAGUCCGAUUAAACUGAGACUGUAAACACACUGAGAGUUUCUUCUGAGGCUGGACCUCCUCUUGGUCCAGAAGGUGAUGGCGCUCUGAUGCUCUUGGAUGUUCUGAGGUCAUGUGGUCAGAAGAUCUCCUCUGCGUUUCCUCAGAUUUUAAAAACACUCGCCACAUGACAGGAAACACCCCGAGGUGUGUUCUCUGUCUGAGUGAGGGUCAGCUGAUCUCUCUCUUGGUGUUCUGCUAAAGACCGCCCCCUGUUCAUACUGACACCCCCCCCCAUAACCUCCGGCUCUGUGUGUACAGAGGUCAGAGGUCAUCCUGAUGUAGACGCUGUGAAACAAUCCCGCCGCUGUCUCUGCCUGAUGACAUCAUGUUUUGUUCUGAGUCUGAGGCAGGCUUGGGGGGGGUGACCUUUACUGGGGUCAAAGGUCACAGUGAUGCCAUCUGAGUGCAGUAAAAACAGACUCUGCUGCUGAUAAAGACUCGUUAUGUCAGUGUGAUAAAAUCUUAUAAACCCUAACUGUGUGUGUGUGUGUCUGUGUGUGUGUGUGUGUGUGUGUGUGUGUGUGUGUGUGCGCGCACGUCUGUCCUCGUCUCCUGCAGAUGGACGGCCGUCCUCCGUCCCCGCUGUAGGUCAGUGAUGGCCGCCGUGUUUCCUGAACGGGGCGGAGUCAGAGCGGGACUCCAUGUUGGUCGUCAUGGCAACGCUGGAUGGAAGCACGCCGGUUGACAAGCUUCUAUCAGUGAUACACCUGGAGAGGUCAGAGGUCACCGGAUACACCCCCAUAUAGAAACACGUCGUUGUUUUUGAACAGAUCCUGAAAAGUCGACUGAUCGGAUUAAACCGUAGAAGUUUACGAAGGAAUGAGAUUAUUUAAAUUUGACGAAUUUUAUCGUGUGUAAAAGAGUCAGAAAGAUCACAGACGGACUGAUGUGAGUUUUCUAAAUACAGAGUGAGAGGGCAGUCUUCUCACUCUCCAUAACCGGGAAUAACAACAGCAGCGCGGCUAAAUCUACACUGCAGUGAAGUUAGUUUAAGGUUGGAUAUAUUUUCCUGUAAAUACGGCGGUGAAGUUAGUUUUAGGUUGGAUAUAUUUUCCUGUAAAUACGGCGGUGAAGUUAGUUUUAGGUUGGAUAUAUUUUCCUGUAAAUACGGCGGUGAAGUUAGUUUUAGGUUGGAUAUAUUUCCCUGUAAAUACGGCGGUGAAGUUAGUUUCAGGUUGGAUAUAUUUUCCUGUAAAUACGGCGGUGAAGUUAGUUUCAGGUUGGAUAUAUUUUCCUGUAAAUACGGCGGUGAAGUUAGUUUUAGGUUGGAUAUAUUUCCCUGUAAAUACGGCGGUGAAGUUAGUUUCAGGUUGGAUAUAUUUUCCUGUAAAUACGGCGGUGAAGUUAGUUUCAGGUUGGAUAUAUUUUCCUGUAAAUACGGCGGUGAAGUUAGUUUCAGGUUGGAUAUAUUCUCCUGUAAAUACGGCGGUGAAGUUAGUUUUAGGUUGGAUAUAUUUUCCUGUAAAUACGGCGGUGAAGUUAGUUUUAGGUUGGAUAUAUUUUCCUGUAAAUACGGCGGUGAAGUUAGUUUUAGGUUGGAUAUAUUUUCCUGUAAAUACGGCGGUGAAGUUAGUUUUAGGUUGGAUAUAUUUUCCUGUAAAUACGGCGGUGAAGUUAGUUUCAGGUUGGAUAUAUUUUCCUGUAAAUACGGCGGUGAAGUUAGUUUCAGGUUGGAUAUAUUUUCCUGUAAAUACGGCGGUGAAGUUAGUUUCAGGUUGGAUAUAUUUUCCUGUAAAUACGGCGGUGAAGUUAGUUUCAGGUUGGAUAUCUGACGGACAUUCUCUGAGGAUCUACCGGUGUCUUCUCUCUCUCCAUAACCGGGAAUAACAACAGCAGCGCGGCUAAAUCUACUCGACACCCUCACUGUCAACGUCGGUGUUGAAUAAGGGACCGUCAAUAAAUUACCGGUUGAUGUUCUCAGAAAAGGCUGUUUUCCUUCAAUAGCUUCACUGUCAUGUGACCAAAAGACCUCAAAUUGAUUUCUAAUAAUAGCACUAAGGUCGAUCAAUAAGACAAACAUUAUUGAUCAGUUUUCAUUGAUCCCCUUAAGUUCUUUGUGCUCCUUACUUUUUUAAUUUAGGAGAACAAAGUUAGAGUCGAACCCUGAAAUACGAAAAUUUCAUGUAAGUCUGUUCUAUCGUUUAUAUUUCUACACUCAGAGCAGAUCGACACAUCCGUCUUACUCGUCUCUGAUUGGUCAACAGACUAAAACAAAGAUGGCAGCCUCCUUGUCGGCUAACAAACAGAAAUAACAUUUCAGUGACGACUAAAACUCUGAAGGGUUAGAAAGAGUUUAUCAGCCGCCGGUCUCACAGAGUGAGUGGAUUUUAACUCUCUUCUCUGAUCUGAUGAUGAACGUUAAAGUGGAGCUGAGAGGAAGGUGACACCCCCGUCUCUCCUGAAAAGAGUCGGCGUCUGUUCUCUGACUCAGUGUUGGUUUAUGCUGCGUUCGAGUCACCAUGAAAGUCCGAGCUGAAAAUGACGCCCUCCGUCUACGUUAGUUACUUUAGCACUCGGACAAGUCAAGCGCUAAAAUAACUUUCGUAGCCGUCUUGUUUUUGUUUUUCUCCGACUUGGUCACUGAAACGUUGUAAACUCAGGUGUGACGUCAUUUUCAGCUCCGACUUCUGAUUUCCGAGGAAACUCGAACGCAGCGUUAGUCCACAGACAUCAUCAGAACACCUCUGACCUCUGACCUCUGACCUGCUGAGCGUCCAGGUGUGACUCUCUGUGUCUCUCCCGGCAGGUACCUGGACAGCUUCUGUAAAGCUGGUCUCCUAUUGGCCAGAGACUUCACCCACCUGGACCAUGACGCCCUGGUCAGCCUGGGAAUAACCGCCACAGGACACAGGAAGAGGAUCCUCCGAUUGGUGGGUUACAUUCAGAGGACAGAGGCUCAGAGAGCCAAUCAGAGGGCGGAUCUCCCACGUGACCGCUGUCAGUCUGUGUCUGACUCCUCCCCCUCAGGGCGGGGUCACAGCGCAGCGGCGCUCCGUCAGUCAGGACCCGUUAACUUUGAGGCGUUCAGGAACAGUUCGGCCCCAAACCUCAACGCCAUGCUGACCAACGCCGACAGCGCUCGACCCGUCAUGAAGCCCGUCCCCAAACCCAGAACUGUCUUCAACCGCCGCCGGACCGCACCCGUCCACUUCUGUCCCACCCCUGACCCUGCUCCGCCCCUGCCCAGGAGACUCUCUCAGGAGUCCAUCUGUUUGACUGUCUUAGAGGGUCUAACCUCAGGAGACCCCGCUGGUCCUGGUCACAGGUUGACCUCUGACCUCCACGAUGACCUGAACACACCGGUCCGACCGGGCCAGGAGAGGAGGAAACCGAGCCGCAGUUUGUCUCUGUCCGACGCCGGAGGGUUGUUACCUCCUGUUCCCCAAACCCAGAACUGUCUUCAACCGCCGCCGGACCGCACCCGUUCUUCACUUCUGUCCCACCGGAACCUGACCCUGCUCCGCCCCUGCCAGCAGCCGGCUCUCUGGAUCCUCGUCUGGUUCCCCCCGAGGAGCCGGGAUGGAGAUGGUCUCUAAUGAGAUCUACUGGGGCACCUUACCUGCUUCUACUGCCCCCGCUGGAGGGAGGAGUUACUGCAUCCAGCAGAGCGCUCCUCCAACUCCACCCAGACACACACCUGAGCGGAACCCGGAGAGGAACAGGUGGGUCUACAGCUGGAGGUCCUUCAGAGGGUCCAGAUCUAAACGUCCUGGAGUUCAUCUGCUGAGGGACACCUUUUCACCUCCUCCUCUCUGAACCUCCUCCUCUCAGAACCUCCUCUCUCUCUCUCUGAACCUCCUCUCUCUCUCUGAACCUCCUCUCUCUCUCUGAACCUCCUCUCUCUCUGAACCUCCUCUAUCUCUGAACCUCCUCUAUCUCUGAACCUCCUCUCUCUCUCUCUCUGAACCUCCUCUCUCUCUGAACCUCCUCUCUCUCUGAACCUCCUCGUCUAUCUCUGAACCUCCUCUCUCUCUGAACCUCCUCUCUCUCUGAACCUCCUCGUCUAUCUCUGAACCUCCUCUCUCUCUGAACCUCCUCUCUCUGAACCUCCUCUCUCUCAGAACCUCCUCUCUCUCUCUCUGAACCUCCUCUCUCUCUCUGAACCUCCUCUCUCUCUGAACCUCCUCUCUCUCUGAACCUCCUCUCUCUCUCUCUCUGAACCUCCUCUCUCUCUGAACCUCCUCUCUCUCUGAACCUCCUCGUCUCUCUGAACCUCCUCUCUCUCUGAACCUCCUCUCUCUGAACCUCCUCUCUCUCUGAACCUCCUCUCUCUCUGAACCUCCUCUCUCUGUGAACCUCCUCUCUCUGUGAACCUCCUCUCUCUCUGAACCUCCUCUCUCUCUGAACCUCCUCGUCUAUCUCUGAACCUCCUCUCUCUCUGAACCUCCUCGUCUCUCUGAACCUCCUCUCUCUCUCUCUCUGAACCUCCUCUCUCUGAACCUCCUCCUCUCUCUGAACCUCCUCUCUCUCUCUCUGAACCUCCUCUCUCUCUGAACCUCCUCUCUCUCUGAACCUCCUCUAUCUCUGAACCUCCUCUCUCUCUCUCUCUGAACCUCCUCUCUCUCUGAACCUCCUCUCUCUCUGAACCUCCUCGUCUCUCUGAACCUCCUCUCUCUCUGAACCUCCUCUCUCUGAACCUCCUCUCUCUCUCUGAACCUCCUCUCUCUCUGAACCUCCUCGUCUCUCUGAACCUCCUCUCUCUGAACCUCCUCUCUCUCUGAACCUCCUCUCUCUGUGAACCUCCUCUCUCUGUGAACCUCCUCUCUCUCUGAACCUCCUCUCUCUCUGAACCUCCUCGUCUAUCUCUGAACCUCCUCUCUCUCUGAACCUCCUCGUCUCUCUGAACCUCCUCUCUCUCUCUCUCUGAACCUCCUCUCCUUUCUGAACCUCCUCCUCUCUCUGAACCUCCUCUCUCUCUGAACCUCCUCUCUCUCUGAACCUCCUCCUCUCUCUCUGAACCUCCUCUCUCUCUGAACCUCCUCUCCUUUCUGAACCUCCUCUCUCUCUCUCUGAACCUCCUCUCUCUCUGAACCUCCUCUCUCUCUCUGAACCUCCUCUCUCUCUCUGAACCUCCUCUCUCUCUGAACCUCCUCGUCUCUCUGAACCUCCUCUCUCUGUGAACCUCCUCUCUCUGUGAACCUCCUCUCUCUCUGAACCUCCUCUCUCUGAACCUCCUCUCUCUCUCUGUGAACCUCCUCUCUCUCUCUGAACCUCCUCUCUCUCUGUGAACCUCCUCCUCUCUCUGAACCUCCUCUCUCUCUCUCUCUGAACCUCCUCUCUCUCUCUCUGAACCUCCUCUCUCUCUGAACCUCCUCUCUCUCUGAACCUCCUCGUCUCUCUGAACCUCCUUGUCUCUCUGAACCUCCUCUCUCUGAACCUCCUCUCUCUCUCUGAACCUCCUCUCUCUGAACCUCCUCUCUCUCUGAACCUCCUCUCUCUCUCUGAACCUCCUCUCUCUCUCUGUGAACCUCCUCUCUCUCUGAACCUCCUCUCUCUCUCUCUGAACCUCCUCUCUCUCUCUGUGAACCUCCUCUCUCUCUGAACCUCCUCUCUCUGAACCUCCUCUCUCUCUCUGUGAACCUCCUCUCUCUCUGAACCUCCUCUCUCUCUCUGUGAACCUCCUCUCUCUCUGAACCUCCUCUCUCUGAACCUCCUCUCUCUAUCUCUGAACCUCCUCUCUCUCUCUGUGAACCUCCUCGUCUCUCUGAACCUCCUCUCUCUCUGAACCUCCUCGUCUCUCUGAACCUCCUCUCUCUCUCUCUGAACCUCCUCUAUCUCUCUCUCUCUCUGAACCUCCUCUAUCUCUGAACGUCCUCUAUCUCUGAACCUCCUCGUCUCUCUGAACCUCCUCCUCUCUCUCUGAACCUCCUCUCUCUCUCUCUGAACCUCCUCUCCCUCUGAACCUCCUCUCUCUCUCUCUCUCUCUCUCUCUCUCUGAACCUCCUCUCUCUCUGAACCUCCUCUCUCUCUGAACCUCCUCUCUCUCUCUCUCUGAACCUCCUCUCUCUCUGAACCUCCUCUCUCUGAACCUCCUCUCUCUCUCUCUGAACCUCCCUCUCUCUCUGAACCUCCUCGUCUCUCUGAACCUCCUCUCUCUCUGAACCUCCUCGUCUCUCUGAACCUCCUCUCUCUCUCUGAACCUCCUCUCUCUCUGAACCUCCUCCUCUCUCUCUGAACCUCCUCUCUCUCUCUGAACCUCCUCUCUCUCUCUGAACCUCCUCUCUCUCUCUGAACCUCCUCUCUCUCUGUGAACCUCCUCCUCGUCUCUCUGAACCUCCUCUCUCUCUCUCUGAACCUCCUCCUCUCUCUCUCUGUGAACCUCCUCUCUCUCUCUCUGAACCUCCUCGUCUCUCUGAACCUCCUCUCUCUCUGAACCUCCUCUCUCUCUGAACCUCCUCUCUCUCUGAACCUCCUCUCUCUCUCUCUGAACCUCCUCGUCUCUCUGAACCUCCUCUCUCUCUGAACCUCCUCUCUCUGUGAACCUCCUCUCACUGUGAACCUCCUCUCUCUCUGUGAACCUCCUCUCUCUGAACCUCCUCUCUCUCUCUGAACCUCCUCGUCUCUCUGAACCUCCUCUCUCUCUCUGAACCUCCUCUCUCUCUGAACCUCCUCCUCUCUCUGUGAACCUCCUCUCUCUCUGUGAACCUCCUCCUCUCUCUGAACCUCCUCUCUCUCUCUCUUUGUGAACCUCCUCUCUCUCUGAACCUCCUCUCUCUCUGAACCUCCUCUCUCUCUGAACCUCCUCGUCUCUCUGAACCUCCUCUCUCUCUCUGAACCUCCUCUCUCUCUCUGAACCUCCUCGUCUCUCUGAACCUCCUCUCUCUCUGAACCUCCUCUCUCUCUCUGAACCUCCUCGUCUCUCUGAACCUCCUCUCUCUCUCUCUGUGAACCUCCUCCUCUCUCUCUGAACCUCCUCUCUCUCUCUGAACCUCCUCUCUCUCUGAACCUCCUCUCUCUCUCUCUGAACCUCCUCUCUCUCUGAACCUCCUCUCUCUCUGAACCUCCUCGUCUCUCUGAACCUCCUCUCUCUCUGAACCUCCUCUCUCUCUCUCUGAACCUCCUCUCUCUCUGAACCUCCUCUCUCUCUCUGAACCUCCUCAUCUCUGUGAACCUCCUCGUCUCUCUGAACCUCCUCUCUCUCUCUCUGAACCUCCUCAUCUCUGUGAACCUCCUCGUCUCUCUGAACCUCCUCUCUCUGUGAACCUCCUCUCUCUCUGUGAACCUCCUCUCUCUCUCUCUCUGAACCUCCUCGUCUCUCUGAACCUCCUCUCUCUCUGAACCUCCUCGUCUCUCUCUGAACCUCCUCUCUCUCUCUCUCUGAACCUCCUCGUCUCUCUCUGAACCUCCUCUCUCUCUCUGAACCUCCUCUCUCUCUCUGAACCUCCUCUCUCUGAACCUCCUCUCUCUCUCUGAACCUCCUCUCUGUGAACCUCCUCUCUCUGAACCUCCUCUCUCUCUGAACCUCCUCUCUCUCUGAACCUCCUCUCUCUGAACCUCCUCGUCUCUCUGAACCUCCUCUCUCUCUGAACCUCCUCGUCUCUCUCUGAACCUCCUCUCUCUCUCUGAACCUCCUCUCUCUCAGAACCUCCUCUCUCUCUCUGAACCUCCUCCUCUCUCUCUGAACCUCCUCUCUCUCUCUCUUUGUGAACCUCCUCUCUCUCUGAACCUCCUCUCUCUCUCAGAACCUCCUCUCUCUCUCUGAACCUCCUCUCUCUCUGAACCUCCUCUCUCUCUCUUUGUGAACCUCCUCUCUCUCUGAACCUCCUCUCUCUCUCAGAACCUCCUCUCUCUCUCUGAACCUCCUCUCUCUCUGAACCUCCUCUCUCUCUCUCUUUGUGAACCUCCUCUCUCUCUGAACCUCCUCUCUCUCUCUGAACCUCCUCUCUCUCUCUCUCUGAACCUCCUCUCUCUCUGAACCUCCUCUCUCUGAACCUCCUCCUCCCUCUGAACCUCCUCUCUCUCUUUGUUUUUCAGCGGCAGCACCCUGAGUAACAACUCCUCCGGAUCAGCUCGAGGUCAGUUCUUCUGCUGUUUCUGGACCCAAAGACCGGCUGUUAGUCUGAAGAACUUCAGACGGUUCUGAGAAGUUCUGAUGGACUUCCUGCUGUCCUCGGAGUCCUCACAGUUCCUCAGUUUGAGUGUUAAAGUCACGGUCGACGAUCUGAGAAGCACUUGCUAGCUUUUUUUUUCACGUUUGAUUCCUCGCUUGGUCACAUGUCCUCUCUGACUCCGCCCCUUUCUUCUGUCGGUUUGCGUUUUGGCGGUGUGGCGAGCAGAAGUGUUUAUUUUGCGUCCUUCUCCAUCACAGCUCCUGUAGCUAAGCUGCUACUUUUACCCGCUCAGAGCUCCGAGGACGAGUCGGGAGAGUGGGAGGGGACGAGUCGGAACUACGGGAGAGGGGUGUGUCCAAUACAGCAAGGUGAUUGGUGGAGCAGAAGAUUGACCAAUAGGAGCUGUCUGGGACAGUUGGCUCCUAUUGGUCGAUGUUUUUGCAGCCCUGCACCUGAUAGGGUGAACGGAUUUUUUCCGAUCUUUUUUCUCUUUGUGGAGAUCGAACUAUCGGACCAUGAUCGCCAUGGAAACGAGGUUCAUAAUAAUUACUAAUCUCUACAAUCAUCAACCGGGACUUUAACAGUAACACUGUGAGUUUGUAGAGUCAUGAUCUUCACUCAGAGCUCCUCCUGAAGACUCUUUACAGCUGCAUGUUAACCUGUCUGCUGCUGUCUUCAUGGAAAUAUUAUUAUUAUUAUUAUUAUUAUUAUUAUUAUUAUUAUUAUUAUUAUUAUUAUCAUUAUCAUUAUUAUUAUUAUUAUUAUUAUUAUUAUCAUUAUUAUUAUUAUUAUUAUUAUUAUUAUUAUUAUUAUUAUUAUUAUCAUUAUUAUUAUUAUUAUUAUUAUUAUUUUUAUAUUACUGCUCCUGGUUCUUAUGAAGUCGUUUUCUGUCCAACAGCGUCCACAGACGACCCCGAGGAGGAGAUCAGCCCGUACUGUGAAACUGUUUUCCAAACCAGGAGGAACCCGCUCAUCGUGGAGGUAAAGACCCGAUCUGACCCAUGAUCCCAGUUUCCGCCCGGAUUAUUGUGAUAUUUAAGACGGACACGAUCGGUCAGAUUCAGGAGAAGCAGAAUAAAGACGGAGCGAAACACAGAUCACAGACUCACGUUUAACGUUUUCAGACAUUUUCAGGUCGCUUUAUUUUCUAGACGGUCAGUCUGUGCUUUUAUUUUGAAGGAUGAGCUACUUCUGAUGGGUUAAGAGUUCCUGGUGAAGACAGUCACAGAUCAGAUAGAAAGUGUCAAUAAUUAUCUGAUCGGUAACCUAAAGAGACUGAAGCAUAUCCAUAAUAAAUCUAUUGAUAACGAUAAUGUUAGUAUUGGAAAUGAUUUUAAAAAGACACCUGCUGUUGGACAGAGAUCAGCUCCUAAACGGUCCCUCCUACUUUCAUUUAUUUAAGCGGUUAUUGGGAUUAAACUUGUGAUGUUACGGCGCUGUAACGGUGUUUUUAUCCUGCAGAGUGAAAGAGGAAAACUGGAGGAAAGAAACGCCAGGAAAGGAGAGGAGAAACCUGCAGAGGAUCAUGGGUAAGAUGACCACAUCAGACAGAGAUCAGACGAGUGAACGAAAACUACAAAAAUGAAACGAGGAAGAAUAAAAUCUUUUUAUACGUGUUUUUAAAACGACCUGAAUCUGAACGUUAAUACAGGAAGUAAACAAAAGUGAGGGACCUGAUUUUUAGUUUGAAAGAUCGGCGUCCGAGUUAACGAAGUUCUGUUGGACCUCCAGGAACCAGAAGUUCUCCUGGACCAGGCGUUUGUCUCAGGCUCUUCACUCAGGAGACUCUCAGGGCUACAGCACGGUCGGAGAACCUCCACCCCCUGUCCGCUACCUCUCCCUGCCCGCCCACACCUUCGCCCCCGAGGCAGACGAGGACCUCACCAUCUCCCCCUACGCCAGCUACACCUCCCUGAGCGAGAGAGCCCCGCCCAUCAUCAGCGGCUGGCUGGACAAGCUGUCUCCACAGGGGUGAGUUUGAGUCCUGGGGGGUGGGACCGACCACGUCUCCUCUCAUGAACAGCAAAACUGAAUAAUGAGGCCUCAGAGCUCCUUCAGGUGAGUCCAGUCCACCUUAAAGCUCCCUCAGGUGGGUCCGGUCCACCUUAAAGCUCCCUCAGGUGAGUCCGGUCCACCUUAAAGCUCCUUCAGGUGAGUCCGGUCCACCUUAAAGCUCCCUCAGGUGAGUCCGGUCCACCUUAAAGCUCCUUCAGGUGAGUCCGGUCCACCUUAAAGCUCCCUCAGGUGAGUCUGGUCCACCUUAAAGCUCCCUCAGGUGAGUCCGGUCCACCUUAAAGCUCCUUCAGGGGGUCCGGUCCACCUUAAAGCUCCUUCAGGUGAGUCCGGUCCACCUUAAAGCUCCUUCAGGGGGUCCGGUCCACCUUAAAGCUCCUUCAGGUGAGUCCGGUCCACCUUAAAGCUCCUUCAGGUGAGUCCGGUCCACCUUAAAGCUCCCUCAGGUGAGUCCGGUCCACCUUAAAGCUCCUUCAGGGGGUCCGGUCCACCUUAAAGCUCCCUCAGGUGAGUCCGGUCCACCUUAAAGCUCCCUCAGGUGAGUCCGGUCCACCUUAAAGCUCCUUCAGGUGAGUCCGGUCCACCUUAAAGCUCCCUCAGGUGAGUCUGGUCCACCUCAAAGCUCCUUCAGGUGAGUCCAGUCCACCUUAAAGCUCCUUCAGGGGGUCCGGUCCACCUUAAAGCUCCUUCAGGUGAGUCCGGUCCACCUCAAAGCUCCUUCAGGUGAGUCCGGUCCACCUUAAAGCUCCCUCAGGUGAGUCUGGUCCACCUCAGAGCUCCUUCAGGUGAGUCCGGUCCACCUUAAAGCUCCUUCAGGUGGGUCCGGUCCACCUUAAAGCUCCCUCAGGUGAGUCCGGUCCACCUUAAAGCUCCCUCAGGUGAGUCCGGUCCACCUUAAAGCUCCUUCAGGUGAGUCCGGUCCACCUCAAAGCUCCUUCAGGUGAGUCCGGUCCACCUUAAAGCUCCCUCAGGUGAGUCUGGUCCACCUCAGAGCUCCUUCAGGUGAGUCCGGUCCACCUUAAAGCUCCCUCAGGUGAGUCCGGUCCACCUUAAAGCUCCUUCAGGUGAGUCCGGUCCACCUUAAAGCUCCUUCAGGUGAGUCCGGUCCACCUUAAAGCUCCCUCAGGGGGUCCGGUCCACCUUAAAGCUCCUUCAGGUGAGUCCGGUCCACCUCAGAGCUCCCUCAGGUGAGUCCGGUCCACCUCGAAUCUCCUUCAGGUGAGUCCGGUCCACCUUAAAGCUCCCUCAGGGGAUCCGGUCCACCUUAAAGCUCCCUCAGGGGGUCCGGUCCACCUCGAAGCUCCUUCAGGUGAGUCCAGUCCACCUUAAAGCUCCCUCAGGUGAGUCCGGUCCACCUUAAAGCUCCCUCAGGGGGUCCGGUUCACAGCAGAUCAGGUUCACAGCAGAUCAGCUGGAACAGGUCUGACACCCUUGAUUACGGAGAGUUCAGGGACUCUUAUGUUCCUGUUUGUUUAUACUCUGAUCAUCUGCUGCACCUGCGCCGCAGGACUCUCAUUGGUCCAGAGAGCUGUCAGUCAGGGUGUUCAGGGUGGACCUGAAUCAGCACCAGUAGAACCGUCUGUGAUGACAGGAACCACGUUAAAGAACCGUGUUUCGACCUUAGAUUUAAGAGCUCCACUCUUGACCCAUCCGUCAUCAUAAAGUAGGCGUGUCUUAGGAGUUUUACAGCAGCCAAUCAGCAGAGGGUCAUAUUGAAGUUUCGCUUCACUUUUGUGAAGGAGCAUCCUCUUCUAAAACAGUGGUGGACUGAGGAUGGAGCCCUGAGGGACACCAAGAGGGACGGGCCGUUAGAACCAGAACUUCCUGAGGUGGGCGGGGCUUAAACGGGACGGAUGGUGAUGAGAGAAGGAGUUUCAGUUUUAGGGGAGUGGGUUUCCUGAUGUUCUGUGUGACUCAUGGUCCAUCUGUUUACAUGGAGGUGUGUUUGAUUUUAAUACCUGAGAUACUUUCAGCUCAAACCUCCUAUCUUUUCACCUCAGCCAAUCACAGCAGUCGAUUCAGAAACUGUAACCAUUAAAGACAACUUCCUGUUAGACGGGAAAUCAGAGGCUCUCAGUCUGAAGACUUCACAUACUGUGUGUGUGUGUGUGUGUGUGUGCGUGUGUGUGUGUGUGCGUGUGUGUUGUAUUCAUCAGGGGUCAGAGGUCGGCGCCAGCUCUUCUGCUCCGUGUCCUCCUCUCCUCUCCUCCCUGUGUCUCCUCCAUCCUGAGGAGCUGCCUCUGCCUCGUCACCUUUUUCUCCUCCUCUUCUUCUUCUUCUUCUUCUCCAUCCUCUGCUCGGUGUGUGUUUGUCUUUUCUUCUUCCCUCGUUUCCUUCUCCUCAUCACUGCGUACCUCCUCUCUGAGUGUUUUUAUGUCACUAACAGACGUGUGUUUAUGAAUGAAUCUGUUUUAUCUGCUGUGAGUCUCUGUCAGACACUCAGGUGGGGUCAGGCACAGUGGGGGGGGGGUGUUAACCCUAACCCUUAAACCUGGUCUAAAGUCUGACACUCAUGGUAUGGUAAUACGGCGUAGGAGCUCCCAUCCCAUAAUCCUUUGGUGUGUACACACAGACUCGCAGCAGCGCUCUCACAUCAUUUAAAGGGAUAUUCUGCUGUAAAAUUAAUGUAGGGUCAAACCCACCGUAACACCGAGUUAGACCCCGCCCCCCUCCAGAGAUGAAUGUUGUCGACCGCUUCCUUCUCUAGUUAUACCAACUUUAGUAACGACCGCAGGAUAGAAAUACACCAACUCACCUACUCUCUUCCAGCAGACGUUUGUUUGUAGAGAGACCUCAGGCCAGUCCAUUACAGACUACAGCGGGGUUUCGCAGCUCAAGGAAGAACAUUUAUGAUCAUUUCUUCAUCAUUUCCUUGAAGUAAUAAUCACCAUAUUGAUCAUUUUACAGACGCGGUAGUUCUUCUGUCUUAGCGUCUCGGUCUGAUUGUAUUUCCAUGAAGAAAUGAUCGUUAAUGUUCGUUGAUGUCCGUUGAUGAAGUUAGGUGCUGUUCUGAGCAUUAUUUGUGGUUAUAGAGUGGCGUUUUGGUUGAGGGCGUGGCUCUCUGUAUUUCUAUCCUGUGGUCGUUACUAAAGUUGGUAUAACUAGAGAAGUAAGCGGUCGACAACAUUCAUCUCUGGAGGGGGGGUCUAACUCGGUGUUACGGUGGGUUUGACCCUGAAUUAAUUUAGAAUAUCCCUUUAAGUAGAGAGGCUGGACUCUGCUGUGUAAAUAGUAACACCCUGAAAACAAACACUUAGUGAGAGGACUUCAUGAGACCAAAACUCUGAAGACCCUGAUGUGUCUUAACCGUGUAGAAGAUGAGUGAUCACAUGACUCUCUGUGGAUAACAUCUUCUCCCUCUGUAGGAACUACGUCUUCCAGAAGCGCUAUGUGAAGUUCGAUGGAAAGAACCUGAUGUACUUCGGCAGUGAGAAGGUAAAAAAAACACUGAUGGUCUCUUUAGUGAUUUUUGUUCUGCUGGUUCAGAGACGGUUUAGGACGGUCCCGUUUGGACUCACUGGUACUCUGUAGACCGGAUUAUCUGAACAUGGUGGUCCUCUCUGGACCUCAGAUCCAGGUGAAAACCGUUUAUAGUUUGAGUUUGGAGACCAGCAGAGUCAGGGUUGGUGGAUGUUUUGAUAACCCCCUGCUGUGUUUCAGGACGUCUACCCUAAAGGAGUGAUCCCAUUGGCUGCCAUCCAGAUGGCCCGCCCCGCCAAAGACAACAAGUUUGAAAUUGUUACGAGUCAUCGGAUCUUUGUUUUCAAGGCUGAUAAUGAAGGUAAACAUACAUGCACACACACACACACACACACACACACACACACACACACACACACACACACACACACACAGGUUCCAACGAGGUCUCUAAAAGGACCAAGGACCCUGUUUCUCCUCACCGUUCUCUUGACUUCUGCGUGUUCGGGCUCCUCUGCACUCUCAUUGGUCAACAUCUCUGAUGUAUCAAAACAAUCACAGGAGACAGAGAGGAAAAUCCACCAUGAAGGACUCGCUGAGGCUGACACGCAGUGACACACCACAAGAGAUAAAACCGUAGAUUCCCAGAUCUCUGUCUCAGCUGGUGUCAGAGGGGUAACCAUGACGAUAGAGACAGCAGAGAGGGACGCCCGGCAGGUCAUGUGACUCAACUCCAGCUGGGACAGACAAAGACCGACCCACUGACCUACUAGACCAGACUGAACCCAGAUUUUGAUCAGUCUGUUUGAACUCCGUCUGCACCAUGAGGGGGAGAACGUGAUGAAACCAAACUCCUUCUAGAACAUUUGUCCAAAUCUGCCCAAACACUGAACUUUAACCCUGCUCCAGCCCCCCACAGCAGAGCCCUGUCCCUGUGGAGUACAGACACUAGAGGAGAGACUCCAGACUUCACAGCUGACUCACACAAACUCAGUAUGUGAAUGACAGUAUGGCUGCAUUACUGUGUGAAUGAUAAUGUUCUACAGUUACACAGAAAUAAACCUCAAGUUCUCAUCUUCUCUGACGAGACAACAGGACGACUACAGAUGAUGAUGAUGAUGGUGAUGAUGAUGGUGAUGAUGAUGAUGAUGGUGGUGAUGAUGAUGAUGGUGGUGAUGAUGAUGAUGGUGAUGAUGAUGAUGAUGGUGGUGAUGAUGGUGAUGAUGAUGAUGGUGGUGAUGAUGAUGAUGAUGAUGAUGAUGAUGAUGGUGGUGAUGAUGGUGAUGAUGAUGAUGAUGGUGGUGAUGAUGGUGAUGAUGAUGAUGAUGGUGAUGAUGGUGAUGAUGAAGAUGAUGGUGGUGAUGAUGGUGAUGAUGAUGAUGAUGAUGGUGGUGAUGAUGGUGAUGGUGGUGAUGAUGAUGAUGGUGAAGAUGAUGGUGAUGAUGAUGAUGAGAAUGAUGACAAUCAUGAUGGUGAUGAUGAUGAUGAUGGUGAUGAUGAUGGUGAUGAUGAUGGUGGUGAAGAUGAUGAUGAUGGUGAUGGUGGUGAUGAUGAUAGUGAUGAUGAUGAUGGUGAUGGUGAUGGUGAUGAUGAUGAUGAUGAUGGUGAUGUCGGUGAUGAUGAUGGUGAUGAUGAUGAUGAGAAUGAUGAUGACGAUGAUAGUGAAGAGGAUGGUGGUGAUGAUGAUGAUGAUGGUGAUGAAGAUGGUGGUGAUGAUGAUGGUGAUGAUGGUGGUGAUGAUGAUGAUGAUGGUGAUGGUGGUGAUAAUGGUGAUGAUGAUGAUGAUGAUGAUGAUGAAAGUGAUGAUGAUGAUGAUGGUGAUGGUGGUGAUAAUGGUAAUGAUGAUGAUGAUGGUGAUGAUGAAAGUGAUGAUGAUGAUUAUAAUAAUGAAUGUGAUGACCAUGACAAUGAUGAUGAUGAUGUUGAUGAAGAUGACGAAUGUAAUGAUGAUGAUUAUAAUGAUGAAUGUGAUGACCAUGAUGAUGAUGAGUAUGAUGAUGUCAUGUUGUGUCUGUCUGCGUCUCAGUCCUGAAGCGGCGGUGGGUCGGUACGCUGCAGGAGCAUGUCCAGGAUCAGCUGGUGUUUGGGCGGAGGCGGUUCGGUCCGGGUUCUCACUGCCAGAAACACGGCGUGCUGGAGCUGAAGGGAACCAAGUCCAAAGUUUACGCCGCCAUCAUCACCGACCAGAUCUGGCUGUACAAGAGUGAACAGGUGAGUCAGCUGACAGACCGUCUCCGUCCUUUUCAGUGAGACUUUUCUGUGUCUCCGUCACGUGAUGACGGUUCAUAUAACAGGUUAAAAUCUUCCUGUUGGUGCGUGUUCUCAGUAAAACUACACCUUUAUAUCUACGGCGUGGACAACCACACUCUUUAAAAGCCGCAGACCGUAGCUCCACCCUGACCUGUUUUUCAUGGAUCAGCAGCAGCAUGUCCUUCAGUCAGCUUCUUCAGCUCUUCUCAUGUGUCUCCAAACUCUGUCUCUGCAGUGUUUCCGUAACGGGAUCGGCAUCACGGUGAUCGAAGCUCGAGGAUCGACCAUCAGAGACGGGAAACACAAGAGCUUUGAGCUCAUCACCCCGUACAAACACUUCAGGUACCUCUGACUACCUGAACAGGUGGAACACUCAUGGUGGUACCUGAGAGAGAUGUUUGACUCUGACCUCUGACCUUUUGCCCCGCCCCCCUCAGCUUCACGGCGGACUCGGACCGGGAGAAGCGGGACUGGAUGGAGGCGCUGCAGGAGUCCAUCGCAGAGACUCUGUCGGACUACGAGGUGGCCGAGAAGAUCUGGUCCAACCGCUCCAACAGGAUGUGUGCGGACUGUAAAGCCCUCAACCCGGACUGGGCCUCCAUCAACCUGUGUGUGGUCAUCUGUAAGAACUGUGCAGGUAAGCUCCGCCCACCUGCGAGCUAAAGGCGUUAAUAAUAUUGGAGAUGAUCUUCAUUAUUAGAUUUGGAUCGAUGAAAAGUCUGUGUGUCUAUUUAAAGUGAUCGAUCACUGAUUGAUCAUUAGAGGGCGAUGAAGACCAAAGACGGUGGUCGCUGUCUUCAGAAUCUGGACUUGGACCAAUGUGUGCACCAGACGCACAGGACGUCUGCGGCGUUUAAACGUGCGCUUCAUGUACAGAGGCCAGAGUCACAUGACCAUUCACUGCUCCACGCCCUCCCCCCGUGUUUCCUGUCUCUAAAGGUCCUUACACACCGACGAAUUUGCGGAGCGAAGCGAAAAAGCGAGACGAAAAUUGCGAAUAUUCGCCGGUCCGAAAAAUCGCUUUCGCCUAUACACACCGGCCGCGAAGCGAAUAUGCGUAUAUUUUUUGCAAAGCGAAUUAAUAAAGUCGCUUUGCGGCACGGACAUGACACAUGACAUCUGUCUCCUAAGGAAGACAAGAGAGUCUCAUCUUGUGAGGAAACUACUUCAUUAGUAAUUAGAAAGAGUUUUGGAUGCACCUCAGCUGCCUUUCUCUGCGUAUUCAUAAUCUCAAACUUCCCCCUCUCCUCCAGCCGUAUGGGUCUGUGAUGUCAUCAACAACAUGACUUUUGAUUGGCCAGAGGUCUAGCAGGUCCAGAUAUUCGCCUGCGAAUAUCCGAAAAAUUCGACACAGGAGCGAAAAAAUAAAAGCGGCUUUUCGCCCCGCGGAAAAAUCGCCGCCGGUGUGGAAGCUUGCAUUGACUUUAAGCUGUUUUAAAAAAAGGCGAAUAAUUCGCCUGGCGAAUUCUCGCCCGGUGUGUAAGGACCUUUAAGGCGUCUGUCUGAUAAAAGCAGAAACAUCCCCUUUAAGAAAACGAAUACUUUAAUGGAUGUUUUUAAAAUUAAUGUACACAGAUAAAAACAGAGGCUCCGUGCAAACACAAACAGACACACAACAAACACAGACACACACUGUGUGUUUGAUUGAUCACCUGCUCAGGUAAACUGUGUCUAUGCCUCCGUCUGUGUGAGUGUGUUACUGUCAAAUCACUGCAGGACAAACUCUCACUGUGCAGGUUCAACCACAUUUCUACCUGUAAGUGUGUGUGUGUGUGUGUGUGUGUGUGUGUGUUAGAGUGAUGUAAUCCUCCAGGUGUUUCUCUCCUGGUUGUCACCUGACUCCUGCUGUAAGUCUCGAUGUUUUUGUCUCAGCUGAAACUGAACUCUUCAUGUUCAGGGACAAACCCACAGAGAGUCUCUCACCCUCAACAAGAAGAAGCUGUGUGUGUGUGUGUGUGUGUGUGUGUGUGCAUGCGUGUGUGUGUGUGUGCUCUGACAUGUCUCAUUUAUUGGAUGUUUUUUUUAAUGAUGGUACUUCCUGUCAGAUUUUUUCAUCCCCGUCAGUUUGAUUGACAGCUCUCACACCGGCCCAAUCAAACCAAAUGAACCAAUCAGAGACCAGUCAAACUGAACCAAACCAACACACAGAAAAGGGUCUGAGGUUGAGUCCGCCUCUUGUUAUCAAACUAAUAAAUGCAGGAGUCUGAUUGGUCCUCAGAGCUGUCAGUCAUGUUGUUACUAUAGGACUCUAAAAUGAACUCUUUAAGCACAGACCAGCAUGAACUCACUACAAUUAUUUAAUCAGGAUUUUGAUGUUUAAAUACUUUU